GGGAGUGAGUGCUAACGAGUCCACAGCAUCAUAGAAUAACCUCCAUAAAUUCGAGUUUCCCAUGUCAUGAUGGCACAAAUCAAUCUUGCAGACUGUGAGUCUACAGAGUCGAAUUCCGAUCAAGGUGUGCCAUACUUCAAUGAUUGCUCCCCAUGAGUUCAAAUACCUUGCGAUUAGCAUGCAUCAGAUGCAAAGACAAGAAGCUCCGGUGCAAUAGAAGCGAUCCAUGCGAUCGCUGUGCUCUCGCAAAUGUACAAUGCGUUCCAUCUGUACGAAAACCUCGCGUGGUUCGAAAGGGCAGGCAAGGUAUGAUGCUCUCGCUCGAUGAGCGGAUCAAACUACUCGAGGGAGUGUUACAAAAUACUACGAGUACAAUUACCCCUACCCCUACCACUCCUCAAGUCUUGGUUCGAAAAGACUCGUCAACCUCUCAAGUUAUAUCCUCAGGCCUGGAAGAUGUUGCAGCUGGUGAUAUCGAUGGCACGACGAGCACUGGGUCCAACUCUACGAGCCAAGGCUGGCUCGACAACAGCUUCCUCGCUGCAAAAACAUUCAGUAUUGAUCGCCUCAACGACCAGACUUAUGUAAAUGAUUCCUCGGACAUGAGUCAAGCAAUGAUUGCGCUUGACGGAGCACUAUCGGAGUUCGGAAUUCUGAGCGAAGUUCCGACAAAUAACAGCACCACCUAUCAGGUCUCGAAAGACGCAGGACAAAAGGCCAUUCAAGUGGCAUUUGAAUCUCUGAAGGGAGAAUUCUUCACAUCUCUUCUUGAUCAAGACUUGAUCCAGUCAGUUGGUGGCAUCAUCUCGUCUCCUCACAUACAGAUUGACCCUGCAGUCCGGCUUGUCUAUUAUAACCUCUUAUUCCACGGACAUCUCGUUGGUGGAUUUGAAACGCAGACUACAGCGCGAGCGUCGUAUCUACAAUGUCUGCGUUUCCUAGAAGAAUGGCAAGACACCGCUACUGGGACUACUACGAUGGACCUUGUUGCUGCCUGUCUCAGUAUGUGGUCGGCUGUACAAAAUUUCGAUUAUGAUCUCGCGUGGGAGAUGCAUAGUCUAACUUGCCAGUUUGUUAAAUCACUGAACAUUCACCUACUGGACCACCCGGAUUCGCCUGUCCAGGAGGGUUGUAGUGAGGAAUUCCAAAACAAGCAACGUGAAGGUUUCUGGGUGACGCUGGUAGUUGUUGACCUGUUUUUUCAGUUAUGCUUGGACAGACCGUCUUGUAUCAGUGCCGAAGCAUCACCGGAGAAUAUACAUCUCCCCAGUUUGGGGGAUCCUACCUCAGAGCGGCCCUUGGCUAAGACGUACUCGACAUACUAUGUCUGGAUUCGGGUUAUUUUCAUUGCCAAGGGGUUUUUCGAAGAGGCGGCUCGCCAGAAUGGAAAGCCGUCUCAAGCAUUCCAUGAUCGAGUAGAUGCAUGGUGUGACGAGAUCAUGAUCAUGGUCACAGACUGGCGACUUGCCGAAAAAAUGAUACUUCACAUAGAUGAUCCGAUUCAGAGUCAUAUGUAUAAUGACUGCCUCGUCGCCUCGCUUACCGUGCUGCUGCAGAUGGAUAAGCUUCGACAACCGCCAGGAAACAACUCAGUCUCAGACCUGUCGGUUCGUGCAUCUCGCAAGCUCCUCGAUGCAAUAGUCAGGUUUGAUGAGGACGUCAGUGCUAAGAUGCAGCAUGAAGGGUUGAGCAUGUACAGCAUUGCAUUUUGGUCUUUCCGCGCCUUUUUUGCCUUAUAUUAUCACAUCCUGAGCCAUGAUAGCCCGGAUGACCAUCGAAACGACAUUAGUCUGUUGGAUCGUCUUGCAGCUUGCUUGAACAGGGCUGCCCACACCCGAUUUGAGUAUGGUCCCAUCGCCAAAGCGGUCAAAUCAUUGAACGAAUUUGCAAGGAAUUUCCAAAAGGCACGGAGCACCUCUCCGGCAAGACAAUGGGGAGUGAACUACUCGCCGCAACAAAUAGGUGUGGCAAAUUUGGGACUGGGAGGAAUGGAGGAGAGAGCUUUAAGUCAUGGCGGAAGCGACUGGGAUAGCAUGCAAUUCUUCCAAAACUGGAAUCCCUAUUUCGCGGGCAACCAGAGCAAGUCCCCUUUGUUGGAUAUUCAGGAGAUGACCUCUCAGUCUGCUUUCGAGCCAAUCACGUACGUACAAGCUGUCGAGCGUCAAUUUGCAGGAUCAUUGUGGAAUUAUGGUUGGUGGGAUGAGAACUUUGAGAUGCCGCUCCAGUGAUGCCUUCAAGGGACGGGUAGCCCAAGGGAUAUAUCAAGUUUCCUAGACGCAUGUCCUUGCAUGCUCUUGGCAUUUAUACUGCAC